AGCGCGCGCAGCUGUCAGCACCAAGGACAGCGCUCCGCCGCUGAACAACAGCCGACGCGCAGAGACGCAUCACUGAUUUUCUGCUGCCAGCUUUCAUGCAAUAUGCGACUUCCUUGCUCUGCCUGUCUGCAGCCUGACUUAACAGUGGGAAUUAAGAGAAAGGCUGCAGUGAAUGCCGCUUCUCUCAGAUGCCAUCGCCUAGUUGAACCGGGCACCAUGAACAAAUCGCCGCAGUGUGUGUGAAUUUCGUACCUGGGAUAUUUUUAAAGUCUAAAACUGCCACACUGGACAUUGCUUUCAUUCUUAACAAGCGAAUAGCUCAAACAAGAGCCUCCGGCAGCACUAAGAAGGGAGGUCACUGGCACUCUCCGUGCGCUCUUCUGGCCCUCCACACGAUGCGUCUGCUUCUGCUGGCCGCGUUGUUCUCCUGCUCCUGCGUGCGGGGCGGCUGCGAGCCCAAGAUUGUGAACAUCGGGGCCGUCCUGAGCCAGAAGAGAUACGAGCAGGUGUUCAAGGAUGCGGUCGCUCAGGCGAACCAAGUGUACGGAAGGGAUAAAUUCAAGUUGACCGCCAUCUCUGUCACUCACAAAGCUAAUGCGAUUCAGAUGGCACUGUCUGUGUGUGAGGAUCUCAUUUCCAGUCAGGUGUAUGCCAUCCUGGUGAGCCAUCCACCACAGUCCACUGACCAUCUGACGCCCACUCCGGUCUCCUACACCGCAGGGUUUUACCGAAUACCUGUAGUAGGGCUUACCACCAGGAUGUCCAUUUACUCAGACAAGAGCAUCCAUCUCUCAUUCCUCCGCACAGUGCCACCCUAUUCCCACCAGGCACAUGUGUGGUUUGACAUGAUGCGGGAGUUCCGCUGGAAUCACAUCAUCCUAAUCGUCAGCGAUGACCAUGAAGGCAGAGCGGCACAAAAAAGACUAGAAACCCUUCUGGAGGAGAGAGAGACCAAGAAUAAAAAAAGGAACUAUGAAAACCAAGACCAACUGUCCUUUGACAACAAGAGAGGACCUAAGGCCGAGAAAGUGCUUCAAUUCAACCAAGAGACUAACUUAACUGCCCUGCUUCUGGAGGCCAAAGAGCUGGAGGCCCGAGUGAUCAUUCUCUCUGCCAGUGAGGAAGAUGCAGCCGCCGUGUACAAAACAGCACGCUUCCUCAACAUGACAGGCUCAGGCUAUGUAUGGCUGGUCGGGGAGCGUGAGAUGUCCGGUAAAGCUUUGAGCGAGGCCCCUGAUGGGCUGAUUGGCCUCCAGCUCAUCAAUGGCAAGAAUGAAUCGGCGCACAUCAGUGAUGCCGUUGCUGUCGUAGCCCAGUCCAUCCAAGAGCUCUUUGAGAAAGAGAACAUCACAGAACCUCCAAGGGGCUGCGUGGGCAAUACCAACAUCUGGAAGACCGGGCCACUUUUUAAAAGGGUACUGAUGUCUUCCAAGUACCCAGAGGGCCUAACAGGACGCGUUGAGUUCAAUGAUGACGGUGACAGAAAAUAUGCUCAUUACAGCAUUCUCAACUACCAGAAGAGCAGACUGCUUCAAGUCGGCAUUUACAAUGGAACACAAGUGGUGAUGAAUAAACAGAAGAAGAUUAUUUGGCCUGGAGGUGAAACAGAAAGACCGAGAGGAUUCCAGAUGUCUACUCGAUUAAAGAUAGUGACCAUUCAUCAGGAACCCUUUGUGUAUGUGAAGCCAACUAUGCUGGACGGGACCUGCAAGGAAGAGUACACACCUAAUGGAGUCUUAAUUAAAAAGGUGAUCUGCACUGGACCAAAUGAGACCAUCCCAGGUAACACAUCAGGACGCCCAACUGUUCCACAAUGUUGCUAUGGAUUUUGCGUUGACCUUCUGAUCAAAUUGGCAAUGACCAUGAACUUCACCUAUGAAGUACACCUGGUGGCAGAUGGGAAAUUCGGAACACAAGAAAGGGUAAAUAACAGUAACAAGAAGGAAUGGAACGGUAUGAUGGGGGAGCUCCUGGGUGGCCUUGCUGAUAUGAUCGUUGCACCCUUGACGAUCAACAAUGAACGAGCCCAGUACAUAGAAUUCUCCAAGCCUUUCAAAUACCAGGGACUGACUAUCCUUGUUAAAAAGGAAAUUCCUCGCAGUACACUGGACUCAUUCAUGCAGCCAUUCCAGAGCACACUGUGGCUACUGGUGGGUCUAUCGGUGCAUGUGGUGGCAGUGAUGCUUUACCUACUAGACCGGUUCAGCCCUUUUGGAAGGUUUAAAGUAAACAGUGAAGAAGAAGAGGAGGAUGCCCUCACCUUAUCUUCAGCUAUGUGGUUUUCCUGGGGUGUCUUGUUGAACUCUGGAAUUGGAGAAGGUGCCCCACGUAGUUUUUCAGCAAGAAUCUUGGGAAUGGUGUGGGCUGGCUUUGCUAUGAUUAUAGUAGCAUCCUAUACUGCCAACCUGGCUGCCUUCCUGGUGUUGGACCGGCCUGAGGAGCGCAUCACCGGCAUCAAUGACCCAAGGCUAAGGAACCCAUCAGACAAGUUCAUCUAUGCCACAGUGAAGCAAAGUUCGGUGGAUAUUUACUUCCGGCGACAAGUUGAGCUGAGCACCAUGUACCGCCACAUGGAGAAGCACAACUACGAAAGCGCCGCUGAAGCCAUCCAGGCUGUUCGGGACAACAAGCUGCAUGCUUUCAUCUGGGACUCUGCGGUGCUGGAGUUUGAAGCCUCGCAGAAGUGCGACCUGGUGACCACGGGAGAGCUGUUUUUCCGUUCGGGCUUUGGCAUAGGCAUGCGCAAGGACAGCCCCUGGAAACAGAAUGUGUCCCUGGCUAUUCUCAGUUCCCAUGAGAAUGGCUUCAUGGAGGACCUAGAUAAAACCUGGGUGAGAUACCAGGAGUGUGACUCAAGGAGCAAUGCCCCAGCCACACUCACCUUUGAGAAUAUGGCAGGUGUCUUCAUGCUAGUUGCUGGUGGCAUUGCAGCUGGGAUCUUCCUCAUUUUCAUCGAGAUUGCAUAUAAGCGACAUAAAGACGCCCGCAGGAAGCAGAUGCAGCUAGCCUUUGCGGCCGUCAAUGUUUGGAGGAAGAAUUUACAGGACAAUAAAGAGAGCUCAGGGAGUCAAGCUGUGGGUGCGGCUGGGACUCCAUCUUUACCCUCUUCCUCUGUAGAGACUCAGGAUGAUAGGAAAAGUGGUAGAGCAGACAGCGACCCAAAAAAGAAACCCUCUUUUAGGUCCAUCAGUACAACCCUGGCCUCCAACAUCAAGAGACGUAGGUCCUCCAAAGACACGCAAUUCCCACCCACAGACAUUACGGGCCAACUCAACUUGUCCGACCCGUCUGUCAGCACGGUGGUGUGAGGCAGAGAAAGAGGGAGAGUUUUAACAUAAAGAUAUGCUCAUUCUUUAGAGACAAACAAGAUGGAACUAGAGGGGAGCGCUGUAGUACUGCUCCUCUAGGUUUUGAACAAUGAAUCCAUCAUGGACGAGAACUACUGAGCCACUUCACCUUUAUGAAGAGCCAAUGGGACCUGUUGGGACUUCAUGGUGGACUGCAAGGGAUGGCAUGACACUGCAAUGCACUGGAGCACUGCGAACACACAGAACAUAUAAACACAUACACCAUCACAGCUUGAUGCUAAAAUUAGUAUGCUAUAAUUCCAUCCACCAGUACUUCUUCUGUAUAAAUUCUUUAUCCUUAUGUAGAAAUAUUUCUUAUUAGUAUUAGUGCUUAUUUUUAUGUUGAUUAAGUGGUUUAAAUAUUGUAAAGUAUAAUUUAGAACAAAGAACAAACCAUUUCAUGUCGCGAGGCUGAUCCUAAGGCCAUUAUUUAGAGAAUUAACUAGUUGUAGUAUGUAUGAAAUGAAUUAUAUUCAUCACUUACAUAUGAUAUUUAUCUUCUUUACCUUUUUUAUGGUUUUAUUUGCUUUCUGUUCAUUGUUUUUCAUUCUUUGUCUAUAUAAAGCAAAAUGUAAGCCAAUCAAGC